AUGUUGCCAGCUAAUUUAUUGUACAGCUUCUACUGGUCACGCUUGUUCAAUGUGUUAAUACAAAACUAUCUCUUGUCCACCACGACUUGCAUCAUUUGGCCAGAGAAUGCGGAUUUUUCUAUAAGCUGGCAGCAUGCCAAAUCGCCAGACGCCGCCAUUAUAAAUAUUGGGCUGCGUGAUUUGGAGCAAUCUUUUGCCAAAGACGUUGUAGACUUUGCAGCCAAGCGUGAGGAGCUGCUCAAUGAUUACGUGGUCUUGAAUCCGUUCGUGGAGAAAUUGACUUUGUCAAUAGAGAAGUCACAUUGCCAGAACUUCAUAGCCUUUCAAUUGGAUAUACCAUUUUUCAUUGAUGCCGUUGUAAAUGCCAGUCGUUUUUCAAUAUGGCGUUCAUCAAAUAAUAAAUUUUUGUUUGUCUACAAUAAAGACGAAUUGCAGCACGAACUUUUCGAACAUCGCUUUUUCGAAGAUCAAUCUGGUAUACUCCUAAUUGAAAGAUCAGUAACCGAUCCGUCAAUUUUCGAUUUCAAAACAAAUAAGUUUGUUGGCUCACGAGCUGAGAAUCCAAAACAAUUGUAUUUACUCGAUCGUUUUAAUGCUGAAAGUAAUACAUUUCUAUAUGGCAAUGAUCUCUUUCCGGAUAAGCUCUCCGAUUUACAGGGCCGUGAAGUAAUUUUGGCUGCUUUUGAUUAUAAACCGGAUGUGGUUUUGAAAUAUUAUCCUGGCGCUCCAUCCCGUGACAGAGCCUUUGCAUCUAAUGAUGCAAGUGGCGAUGUGGAAAUGGACGGCACGGAAGAGAGGAUUUUACAAACAUUCUGUGAAAAGCAUAACUGUGUAGUAGAUAUUGAUACGUCUGAAGCCGAUGACUGGGGCAUUGCUUACAGGAAUAUGACCGGAGAGGCGGCAUUGGGUAUGAUAGCCAGAGGCAAGGCAGAGGUGGGCAUGAGUGCCAUGUAUACAUGGUACGUCGAUUACGUUGCGCUGGACAUGUCGAUGUAUAUUGGACGUUCGGGUAUUACCUGUGUGGUGCCGGCGCCUAAGCGUCUGGCAAGCUUGUGGCUGCCGAUUGAACCCUUUCAGCCAGCACUUUGGGCUUUCGUAUUGGUUUGCUUGUGUGUGGAGAUCAUAGCGUUGCUUUUUAUAGAUCAUGCACGUCCGGUUAUUAUAGCAAUGAGUGAAAGAAUGCGUGCUUCAGAUGAAAAGCUGAAUAGUUGGUUUCGCAAUUUUGAGUAUGCCUUCUCGACGACAAUGUUGCUGUUCGUUUCGCAAUCGAAUAAGGGCACUAUGGUGAAUUUCACGCCACUGAGAUUGAUGCUCUUCGCGAGCUUCUUAAAUGACAUCGUUAUAACGAGCAUUUAUGGCGGUGGACUGUCAAGCAUACUCACCGUGCCGAGCUUCGGCCAAGCUGCCGAUUCGGUGGAGCGACUCUACGCUUUCCAACUCAAAUGGGGCGCGGACUCUGAGGCCUGGGUGGCGGCUAUACGUGACGAUGAGAGCGAAAUCAUGAAGGGUCUGCUGCGCAAUUUCGAUAUUUACAGCGCCGAACAGUUGAUGGUGUUGGCGCAGACGGAAGAGAUGGGCUUCACCAUCGAACGCCUGCCAUUCGGUCACUUCGCCGUACAGGAGCACUUGACGCGUAGCGUUUUGGACAAAAUGAAAAUCAUGGUGGAGGAUAUUUAUUUUCAGUACACGGUUGCAUUUACCGCGCGCAUGUGGCCUUUGCUGGAGAGUUUCAAUGAAAUGGUAGUCAUGUGGCAUUCGUCGGGUUUGGACAAAUUUUGGGAGUGGCGCAUUGUUGCCGACAAUUUGGAUGGCGCCAUACAGAAGGAGCUGAUGGCCUCGCAGUACUCGAACUUGGACGAUAUUGGACCGGUUAAGUUGGGCAUGUCGAAUUUUGUCGGCAUGUUGUUGCUGUGGUUGUUGGGUAUAACUUGCGCCUUUUUGGCUUUCUUGGUCGAAUUAUUGCUGGAUCAUAUGAAGCGUGCCAAGAAAGUGGCUGAGAGUGACGUUAUUGAAAUAAGAGAAGGAAGUCGUUAAAAAAAGUGGUUUGGAUUGAGUACUAAG